AUGAGCAUCAAAUUAGAAGGUUCAGAAACAUCUACGGUGACCCGGGAGACUAGACAAACCUCUCAAAUUAAUAUGAUCUUUGCGUAUAUUGAUAAAUCAUUGGAAUCAUUAAUGCCGGAGGAAAAGGAAGAUGUCUCCAAGGUUAGUCUUUCCACUUAUGAAUUGGAUAAUAUUAAUAUCCGCGAAGCGAUACAUGAAAGAUAUGAUACUGAGAUAAUUGGGAAAGACUUAUUUAUCAAAUAUGAUGGAGGUCAUAAGACAAAAAUCCAUUACAAACUAACAAAUUCAGCUGAGAUGCACAAUUCAGCUUGGGAUGUAAAUAUCGAUAUGAUAUGUGUGAUGGGAGGCAAUAAUUUUCGACCUGACGUUGGUAUUUGGUUUCGGACCCUAACGUUUGCACAAAAUUCAAGACCCAUUGCCAACUCGUGCCCACCUCCAAACGUAUGGAUAGAGGUUUUCUAUAACAGAGAUCCCGAUCGUAGUCAUGCUUUAUCUAAAAUUGACUUAAUUCGUCGGCAAUACUUGACCGAUAUCGAAUAUGUCGGAAUCGCUAUCCCUUAUGCAGUCAAUCCAUUUCACCAGAACCCAAAUCCCUGGAUAGUUACGACACCUGCAACUCCAACUCCUGAAAUACCUGCCAGAGCGCCAUAUAUAAUCCAUUUGUGGGAUGUGAAUAGCACUCCGGUUUAUUAUAGAAUGGACUGGAAUGAACACCUAGUCCUUAGAUGUGGUUUGACAAUUAAUUUCACCAUUGUACUUGAUAUAAUUUCUCGCCCUUAA